AUGUUUCCAUCCAUCAUCGCAACUGCUCCUCAUUUCUUGGUUCAUUCCCUAAUAUCAACUCGAGUACACCGACGCCUCAAACGAAUCAUUGGCCUAAGCCCUAAUGUUCGCUUGCAUAAAGGUGAGCUGCAUCAGAUGAAGAUUCACAGAAUAGUCUUUCUGUUUUUCUAUAGUCACCUUUCGGUCACUAAAGGUGAUCCAAAUUGGGUUCUGAGCGCACGAUGUUUAGCAUUACAAUGA